AUGGGCGUGGGCUUCUGGGCUCAGUCUCUCACCCUGCUACGGUCUACUGUACUCAACUUGCUAUUGAAGAACUCCCUUGCUAAGUACCGGAGGACCAAGGAGCUGUCGGUCAUUGAGGAUGAGAGUGCGCUGUGGUUGGCCUUACUGGGUCGGCAAAACGUCCUGGCGUCCCUGUACAAGCAACAUGGGCAGCUCACUAGCAACCCUAAGACCCUAAAUGUUGCCAAGUUCCUGGCCAUGGACUUCACUAUACCCGAAAAUAAGCGUAUCGGGUCUAAGAACGCCUUCGAGUUGAUCCGGCAAAAACGGCAUUCAAUGGCAGCAGCCAUUUUCCUGCUUAUUGGUGAUGUCCGGUCGGCUGCCAAUGUGGCCAUACGGUACCUCGAGGAUGUCCAGUUGGCCAUUCUGUUCUGCAGAAGCAGUGCCAACGAUGACGGUGUGAUGGUUGAGGACAACUUGAAUGGGGUAUUCGCUGGGAAGCACUUCGAUGAUUGGGUGGAGCUCUGGAGGCUCUGGUCUUUGCAUGACUAUAGUGAGCUCGCUAGAAGCUUGGCAUCUGUGGCGUCUAAAGACCUUUCGGUCACUGCUUCCGGUAUGUACGUGUUCUACGAAGGAUAUCUUUGA